AUGAAGAAGAAGACCUUCACUCCAUACGCUUCGGUUGCCAUGUGUGGGUUUGUGUGCCCGAUGAUCUUACUUGGAUGGUGGCGCUGAGCAGAAAAAACGCGAAUUUGAGGGAAAUCGUCAGACGGGCACUGUGUGUUGUGCAGUUUCAUUGUGGUUCACCGUUUCCAAUCUGCCCUAUGUGAACAAACACGUUUCCACGUAGUGUGUGACUCAUUGCUGGGUAGGGGGAAAAACACUAAAGUAAAGUGUCUAGAACGCAAUCUUCUCAUUCACAAGCGAGAAAAAAAUGGAACAUCACGCCUGCAGUGAUGAUGUGAGAAAAGUGAUUCAGUGAAAUCGUCCACACCAUGGUGAUCGAAUUCGGAAGUACCGUGCGCGUUGCAUGUCCACAAAGUAUCACCUAUCACCAAAAAAAAAACCCGUCACUGCCUUCCACUUCGCUGACCAUUAAGAAUAAAAAGAUGUACGGCUAAGGGUGCGAGAAAGUCGUGUUUCGUGUCGUGCAUUCACUGUUUGGUGCGCCCGUACCCGUGUGCGUGUGUGUGUUUUUGUUUUCGUGAAUGAAGUGCAUCACUGUGACAACAAAUCUAUGUGUGCCGCGCAGUGUGUAAAAGGAAGGCAUAACAUAACAAAAAACAGGCGACUUAGGUGUGUGCCACCUGGCAAAACAAAACAAAAAAAGGUUGUGGCUGCUGCUGUGGUGAGAAACUAAAAAAAAAAGUAAUUCCAUAACCAUCCCCGACUGUAUUACCCACGCAAGGCCCGCUUUGUGCAACAUAAACGCGGGUCAACCCCGCGGAAUCCGUGCAGCAGUGUUCAAUUGAUAAGCGAUUAGAAGGGAAGAAAAGUACCAGCAAUGGAUUCGUUGCGAAAAUGGUUAAACAAGCCAAAGGCUGACGACAAAUCGCUUCUGGCACGAUUUUAUCAUGCUGAUCGUGCACUGACAGCGAUUGCAAGCGAACUGGACAGUUUCGAUGGACGUGCAGAGCCCGUCCGUUGUACACGACUUGUUAGCCGACUUCGCCAAGGCCAGGACCGCGUUUUGGCGAUCACCAAUCAAAUCAUGGACGAGUUGCUCGGUGACGAUCGGGCACAGCGUGCCUUUCGCGUGAAAUUCCCCGAGGAGGUGCUGCAGGAAAGUUUGGCCGGGCAGCUGUGGUUCGGUGCGGAGUGUUUAGCAGCCGGCUCGUCGAUACUGAACCGCGAGGCCGAGUCGGCGAAGAUGCGUCCGCUCGCAAAAGCGGUUACCAAGAGUCUCGAGAUAGUGCGGAAUCGCCUACGAGAGCAGUGCCUUCGCAACAACACUCCAAACAGUCCCACCUUGCGGCUGGACUUUAACGAUGCUGCUACCGAGCAGCUGUACGAAAGCCUAAAGAUAUUCGAUCGUCUGUUUGCCGAGUUUGAGCUGGUGUACGUCAGUGCAAUGGUGCAGGUGAAAACGAAGCAGGAGUACGAGAUGCAAGAAUUGAUCUGCGUACUGUUUUCGGAAACGCUUCAGCGCGCAUUAAAGAUUGGUUUGCUCGAGCAGGAACAGGUGGAUUCGUACGAUCCUGCACUAAUGUUUUCUAUUCCCCGGUUGGCCAUAAUCGCCGGGCUGGUAAUCUUUCGCGAUGGGCCACUAAAUAUGGAUCAGCCGGCAGAUAACAUUUCGGAGAUAUUUCGACCGUUCCGUAAGCUGCUGAUAAAGAUGCGUGAUUUGUUGCACACGCUGACAAAGCACGAGCUGUACCAGCUGGAGAAGCUGCUCUGCACAAACGAAGAGAUCAGUGCGAGCGAACAAUUGAUCUGUGAUGAAAAGAAUGGUGGUGGUGGCGAUGGUGGUAAUGCUGUCAGCGGUGAAGGUGUACGAGAUUUCGAUGCACACGAGCCGGUGGGUGAAAGCAAGGAGCAUGUGGUGAUUGUAACGACGACCACCAUCACGACGACGAACGCGACAAAUGCUGCUGCCGAUGGGCAGACGGAUGGGAACGUUGCUAGUGAAGGUGAUAAAAGUUUGCAUAUAGUUAGUCAAGGUUAUGAGGUGAGCACUAGCAGCGAUCUGAACGGUACUGGCAGCAAUGGCAACAAUGCGGAAUGCUGUAGCACCAGCAGAGCGAAGAAUCAGCACAAUCAAAGGCAUUUGCGACAGAGGUCGGAAUCGCGACCAUCCUCACAGGUGGCGAAACCGGCCGGCAGUAGGUACGGGGGAGACGACAAUAUACCGGAGGUGGACGAAGACAAUAACAAUCACAUACAGAAAGAAGCGGACGACGACGAGGAGGAAGACGACGAAGGUGACAACGAUCCGAACAUGAAGGAUGGGCUGGUCACUACAGACUGUGCUUCGGGAUACCUGAUACCAAACACCAACUUUGGCAAUUUGUUACAGACGAACGAAGCACCGCUGACGGACAGUUUUAUUGCGACGGAUGACGAACUGCGGCUCCUCAAUACCGACGUAGCGUCGCCAUCGACGGUGACGCAAGCCAACAUAGAAAGCAUUCUGACGAGUGCCGAUUCGAGCGGCCAGCAAAAGCUAGUGGAUUCCGAUUCCGGCCAUGGUACGGCAAGUCACAGCACCGAUAUGUCCCCGGAGCUGGAUACCGAACGUACGGUGGCAACGGGCAAAGUGGAACAAACGAAUGACACCGCUGGUGAACCAUUGUCGACGGUGGUAGCGCAAACUAAUACGAACAAAUCCGUUCGCAAACGAUCGAGAAGUGGUAGUAUGCACAAGGCUCCUGAAAUUAGUGAAUCUUCGAGUGAAGAUGAGGAGGCGGACGUAGACGAGCCGGACGAUGUCGAUGCUGACGAUGACGAGGAUGAGGAAGAGGGAGAAGAAAUCAUUUAUCCGGAGGGUUUAACAUUCGUGGUUGGUGGACCGGCGAAAGAUUACACGCUGUAUGAUGUUACCAAAGGCAUCUCGGCACGGCCUAGCUCCAGCCAAACGAAGCAACCGCAGUAUAGUAAUCAUCGCAAGCAGAGCCAUCAUCGGCCACGGGCCUCAACAUCGACGUCAUCGACAUACCGGAAACCGCAUCAGGCGCAUCAGCAUCAUCACCAUCAUCACCACCACCAUCAUCAUUCCUAUGCUGCAGCGACGGAAGCGACCAGCUCGGUGGCUAGCACGACGACCACCGGUAAGAAUGCAACGAACGGUAGCACUCGCCAUAGCCGAAUGCAGCAACAGCAGCAUCAGCGCAGUUCGUCCUCCAGCUGUGAUACCUCACCGACGCAGAGCGAAUGCAGUGAUGUGCAGGAGGUAGUACUUGCCAUCAGAGCGGUCGGUCGAAACAAUUUCCAAACAACUGAAAACCUUCUUCAUCGUCUGUUUGUGUGCAUUGCCGGUGUGGCUGAUCAGCUGCAAACGAACUUUGCCGCUGAUCUGAGAAAAAUGCUAAAAAGCGUAUUCAUCAUGAACUCAUCACCGCCCGAACCAGAGGAACCCCCGGACGCGAACGCCAACGAGGAAGAAUCAAAGGACAACCAUCAUAAUCCGUCCGAUUUGUUCGAGUUCCGCGCAAGCGAACAGGACGUGAUAACGGCCGACCAGCAGAACCACAGCGGUGGCUCCAGUCAAAGCAUCUACUCAGCCGAGGAAGCAAACCCCGAGCAGGAUUCGGUAUUUGCUUCGUCCGGCGAUUCGUCACCCGUGCGCCGUACAACCAGCGUGGAGGGUCGUAACGUGACGGUGAACGUUUCCGUAUCGGUCGUAGCCUCGUCACCGGGCGGUGGUGCUAGCAGUGGCCACAGCAGCACGGGCAGUGCUCGCACCGCCCAGGAACGUAGCGUUAGUUUAAGUGAAGCGUGCAUCGUUGUCGAGGGAGGGAAAGCAACGGCCGGAACUCGUCGGCACAGUGCAAGCGGGUCCAAAAGCGACUAUGGCCGUAGUCGCAGCAGUCCAAACAGUCCAACCAAUAGCAAUAGUAAUAGCGGUUGUGGUAAUCAUCAUGGCUCCGGCCACACCACCACCACCACCACAACAUCCUCGUCUGGGCGAGAUUUACACAUAGAGCAACAUCAGUCACAGCGAAGGAUGCCAGAGGAGCCACCGAGGUGGAUCCCAGACUGUGAUGCACCACGGUGUAUGUCUUGUGCGUCGGCUUUUACACCGUUUCGCAGAAGGCACCAUUGCCGCAACUGUGGUGGGGUGUUCUGUGGCGUUUGUUCCAAUCUAUCGAAACCGCUACCAAAAUAUGGUCUGACAAAAGCAGUUCGCGUGUGCCGGGAUUGCUAUAUUCACGAAGUUGGAGUGUAAAAGCACGUUUUGAUUUUUGAACACGGUAGCCAGCCAACUCAUCGUGCGCAAAGCUUCCGCCAUGUGCGUUGUUCGCGUGAGUGAUGGUUAUUGUUUCGUUAUGCUUUAUGUGCUUAUGUUUUUUUUUUCGUAAACGUUAUUGUUAUUUCAUCUGCUUGACUGUAUUUUUUUGACGUGCCGGAAGCUACAACUUUUUUAUGAUAAAAUGCAGUUACUUUUACUUUGUUUAUUCAAUAUUUGUGAUAUACUUUCAUUAUUUGACCAUGAACAGAACAUCUAAUGUGGAACUAUAGUUUGUUCUGCUGUUCAUUACUUGCGGUCCAGCUUUUGUUUUCGUUUUAAUUCUUAAUAAUUUUUUGUUGAUGUUUUUUUUAUUCAAAAAUAAAUGGCCGGGACCGUAUUACUUUAGGAAUGCUUUGGUUGCAAGAUAAAAUAUUUCGCAUGUUUACUAGAAUUCUAUCUCAAGCCGAAGAAUAUUUGUGCACCUUAGCAUCAUACAAAUGAUUUGAUAUUGUUUAUUCAUUUGAUUUACGCUAAAACCAACCUGUAUGAAGAAUUAUUAGGAAAAGCAAAAAUCGUCACGUAUUUAAUAAGGAUACGGCAUAUAAUUUGACCAACUCAUGACACCAAGAACGUCCUGCUCCCCAGCAGCGGGAAAAAUCGUUCAAUAACAAUUAAAGGCAAGCCAAUCAAAACACAGUACCCGGAGGAGUGCAAUGCGCCAAUGUUGACGGAACUGUAUCAAACUGUGUGUGUGUUGUUUAAUGUGACGCGUAUUCCAUUUAAAAAAGAAACCCCAACGAAUUCACUAACUCUAAACUUGCUAUCAAAUGUUCAGCUCCAACACAUUCCCCAGCAGCAAACCGAGCACCGAAACCGGAGCAAUCGUUCGGCUCGUUUGCUACACGAAAAACUAUAGACAGAGCGGUAAAGACUUUGUUUUACUACUACCGGUUUUACUACGUACGGAUUUAUAAAAUGGUUCAGUUAAUAUGCCAGUUGUUUUGUUUUUUUGUUGUUGUUGCAUUUUCGAGCUGUGGAGGUGAAUUUGAAUGUGCAUGAUAUGAUAAAUUUUAGUCAUUUAGUCUAAUUAUGAGUGCGUGCUUUUUGCUGGUACCCGUCUGUCUCAUGUGGCAACCCACGCUGUCGAAGUGAUUUGAUAGUUUGAUUUAUUUUGUCCUUAUUUUUGUUCUGUACCAUUGUAUUUGAAUAGCAAAUUUUUUCGAUUAUUAACGUGUUUUCCAAGCGUACGUACGCGAUAUACAAAAGCAAAAAAAAGUAAUGAUAUUCACUCGCACGCGGAAGCGUGUUCCAUUUUUUUUUUCAAGCGUGCAAGUUUCCCGCCAAAAAGAUGUGAUGCGCGUGUACGGGGGAAAGCAUAAUGUUAAUCGAAUUAAAGUUGAACAGGCAACGUUCUUUCUAUUGCUUUUAAAGUUUCCGGAAAGAAGCAAAACAAAACAAUAAAGUAUGUACGAUGAAGCGAUAAAAGGCAGCGAGUAGUAGAAAAUGCGCAAGCGAUUAGUAUGGGUUAAAAAAUAAUAAAAAAAACAAAAAACAAAAAAAAACAGACCGUACACAGAAAUUUGCAAGCGGAUAUAUUACGAACGAACUGUGUAAAUGGAAAGGAAGCAUCCCCAUCAUUUGAGUGAUAUCUUUAUAUAUUUUUAAAAUUGAUACCAUAAAUGCAAACAAAAUAAAGUAAAUGAAAAACUGAA